AUGGCUGCUGAAUCUUCUUCUGAUAACUUCGAGCUAUCUGCUAGAUCGGUGUCUGACGGCGAGUCGGAUGGCGAACGACGUCUUCGUAGAAGCCGUCGAAAGCGUGGCGGUCGUUACCGGCCGUAUUCGCCAGACGCCGAGCAGAAAGUCGAUAAGAAGAACAGAAAAGCUGAUAAGCAAGACAGAUACGGUAUGGCGCCACCCAACUCCACCCAGUUCCUUCUAGAUGAUCGUGAAGCGAGAGCCGACGCUGAGUACGAGAUCGAGCAAAAAUUCGAGGCAUCGGAACGCCGACGUGUCCGCACCAUGUCCGGAUCCUAUGACCACAUGCGUCCAGCGUACUGGUGUACUGUAGAACCGGCGACAACGACUACGGUAGCUUUAGAAGACCAUGAAGACGUGGAAUCGGUGUCGACAAGCUGCUGUUCGGAUGAAUCGGAAGCCGCCGCCGAUAGGGAAAUGGAGCGGGAAUUCGAGUCGGAUUAUCAGGCGUCGAAGCGGGAGAGAAUUCAGAGUAUGACGAAAUCUCAGCUCGCCGCCGAACUGCUGGAGCGAGAUCAGGACACGCAGGAGCUGACCCGCGAGCUUGGGACCAAAGAAUCGGAGAAUCGACAUCUUCGGAAGCUCCUCACGGCACAUGGAAUAUCUCCAGAUGAGCCGGUGACGUCAUCAACGACGGCGUUACAGUUGAAUGCGGUUUCGGCGUCGAAAUCGCCGGUUAUCGCGAACUAA